GGCCAGGGCGCGGAGUCCUGGGACGCGGUGCGGGCGCGGGCCCACUUCCCACGUCGGCGGUCCAGGCGAGUGCGGCCUCGGCUCCUGCCCCCGCAACCGACGGAUGAUGGGGGCUCUGAGCUUCCGGCGCGGCCUGGAGUGGCUGCUGGGCCUCUACUUCCUCUCCCACAUCCCCAUCACUCUGCUCCUGGACCUGCAGGUGGUGCUGCCGCGCGAGCUCUACCCGGUCGAGCUGACGAACCUGCGGCAGUGGUACACGAAGGAGUUCAAGGACCCUCUGCUACAGGACCCCCCGACGUGGUUUAAGUCCUUCCUGUUUUGCGAGCUUGUGUUCCAGCUGCCUUUCUUUCCCAUAGCCACGUAUGCCUUCUUAAGAGGAGGCCGCAGGUGGAUCCGCACGCCUGCAAUCAUCUACUCCGUUCACACCAUGACAACGCUAAUUCCAAUUCUCUCCAUGUUUCUAUUUGAUGAUUUCUCCAAAGCCAGUGGUUUCAAAGGACAAGGACCUAAGACUUUGCGAGAACGACUGGCCCUCAUCUCGGUCUAUGCCCCCUACCUUCUCAUCCCUCUGAUGCUUCUGCUUUUCAUGUUGCGGAGCCCCUACUACAAGCAUGAGGAGAAAAGAAAGAAAAAAUGAGAGAAAUAGUGACUGGCCCAGGGGGAGAUGCCCAUAGGGCAGUUUCCCUGUUGGACCCAGUAUGAGGGAAAUUGCGCAGAACCCAUGUCUUCAGUAGCUUUGAAACACACCAGCAACGCACAGAGAGCAAGACUCUGGCAGGAGCCGCAUCAGAACCUCCCCUGUGAGGGCACUGGCGCAGACGGACCCGUCACCUGAGCGGGGACGGCAGGGGGUGGGCCAGGUCAGAGGGAAGUGGUGCCAAAUACCUCACUGCGUGCCCGACUUCCAUUGUGAGCAGGACCAGACCAGAUCCUGGAUAAACUUCCAAGAAACGUGGCCUGCCUGGCGUGUUCGUGAGUCACCUGACCCACGGUGCACGUGUGAUUAAGCCCUUGACUCCUGAUUCUCCGCACCAUAUCCUUUAACAGCAAAAUGAAGAGUGGGAUUUUUCAGGUUAUUUUUAAGUUUGAAAUUAUGCCUCUUUAAUAUGCAUUAAAACCUGUAUCAUGUUUUUUUGUUUUGGGGUUGUUUUUUUUUUUCCUCCACCCUUGGUUGGGGGAAAGGUUCUGUCAGAGGUUUAAACUUGGUUUUACUCAAGGGUCAGCUCUGACCUGACUUUCAGAAAUAGAUUAAGCCGGAAGGUGUUUUGUUUCUGUCUUAAACAGGUCAUCCCAGAAAAGAUUUUUUUGUAAUCUCGUGAUUCAUUUCUCUUCCCAAACCUUAGUUUUCUAUGUUUUUACAGACCACCUGACGUAAGUCCCUUCCCUCUGAGGUCUGGUGUGUCAAACCUGAUUUGGGAGUGUGCUUCCUGUUGGAUAACUUCCCCUUCCUGAGAGUUUCAUCACCCUCCCUGGCUUGUUCUCAAAGUGGAAGGGCAGCUGGGCAUGACCUGUCCAUUGUGUAAAUGCAGGGUCUCUUCACUGGCGUUCCUCAGCUUUCUCUAAACUCGUACUCAAGGUCAACUCAAAACAAACACACACACACCUGUGAACACACAUGGAAAAUGAUAACUGGUCCUGUUUGCUUCCCUCUUUUUGUCUGUUUUGCUCACAGGCCAUACUGGUCUGAUUGUUGGGAGUAUCCUCUGACUCGUGUGUCUGGUCCAAAUAAAGGUACCUGCUGACCA